AUGAGUUUUUCAGAAUAUGAUUCCGGGAAACUUGAAGGUCCAUCUAUCCCAAAAAGGAUUAAGAAAAGUAAAUAUAAACAAAAAUUCAAAUUAGAAUGGGAAGAGGAUGAAAAUUUUAAGGGUUGGCUUGCUAAAGGAAAUAAAGAAGGAGAGGCUUUCUGUACAGUGUGUGAUAAAAAAAUCCUAAUUGGUUCAAGCGGCAAGGCGAUACUUUUAAAACAUAAAGAAUGCAACAGUCACCAAAAGUUUUUAAAGGGAAGAAAGGGCCAGCAAUCUUUAACCAAUUUGUUUAAGACAAGUUCAAAUCUUGAUGACGCUGUUAAAAAAGCAGACUUACAUAUGGCUGCAUUUAAUGCCAAAGCUGAAAAUAUUUUCCAUAAAAUAAUAAAUCUGCUUAAUCAGAAAAAUAUUUCUUACAAAACAAACCUCAUAGGCUUUGCUUCAGAUGGAGCAAACGUUAUGUGCGGUUCAAAAAAUUCAGUUAUGUCUAGACUGAAGGAAGAAAUACCAGAUAUUUUUUUAUUUAAAUGUAUAUGUCAUAGUUUUAAUCUCUGUGCCUCUAGUGCUUGUAAGAAACUUCCUAGUGUCCUAGAGGAAUUUACAAGAAAUGUUUACAAUUACUUUUCUUAUAGUCCGAAGCGCGUGGAAUACUUAAGAGAUUUCCAAAAUUUCACCCAAAUACCGGAGCAUAAAAUUCUCCAUCCGGCUCAGAUAAGAUGGCUUUCAAUUGAAAGCAUCGUGGCAUUUAGUGUCAACGAGUCAACAUUAUUAGCUAGCUAUAAAGUCCCAUAUCGAGUUGCUAAAACAACGAAACCACAUACAAUUGCCGAAAAUCUUAUUUUGCCAGCAGAACUUGAUAUGGUUGAAAUUAUGACUUGCACUCAAGCUGACAAUGGGCGUAGAUGGAUUUUAAACCCUUUUUUGGACAAAUCAAUAGAUCUGACUGAUGUCACAAUAAAAAUGAAAGAAUGUCUUCUAGAUUUAGCUGCUGAUAGCAUGCUUAAAAUGGAAUUUUAUUCGCAAAGUGUUGAUGUAUUUUGGAUGAUAAGAAAACACAAAUAUCCAGAGCUGGCAAAGGAAGCUCUUAAACUAUUAGUGCCAUUCGCCACUUCAUACUUGUGUGAACUGAAAUUUUCUUCAAUGGUAGACAUUAAAUUAAAAAGAGAAAUAGACUGCAAUAAGAAAAUUAUUUGA